AUGGCUUCGCAGCAGCCCGCGGCGCGUUCGCCCAGCGCGAGCCCGGCGCCCGAGUCUUUGCAAGCGCGAAUCGCCGCCCGUUUGGCCGCCAUUGACACCGACUCCGAAGACGACGAGCCCAAGACGACCGGCCGUAAGAGCAGGACGUCUCCCAGCCACAUGGAUCUUAGCGACUCUGAAGAAGAAGAAGUCGUCCGGCGGCCUAGAGGCCGUCUCGCUGCCCAGAUGCAGGGCGGUACCCAGAAAUCCGAUUCAGAAGAGCCUGAGAGCUUCCUCGAUCGCAUACAAAAACGACUCGCAGCCGCAGAGAAGGCAAACGACAAAGAUACGGAGGACACGGUUAUGGAGGAGGCCGAGGAUAACGAGGACGACAUUCCUGUAGCACCUCGACGACUGCAGAGAAAACAAGCGAGGGAGGCCACGCCGAGGGCUGAAAGCCCCGUAGCCCGCUCUCCUACUCCAGGACUCUUCGUGUCUCCAGAAAAACAAUCGCCAAGUAGACUGGCAAACCGAACAACAGCUAACGAGUCCGAUUCGGACGCGUCACUACCCGCUCUUAAGAGCUCCAGAUUCCAGGCCCUUGUGGAGCGCAAGCGCCAGGAAAGGUUGGCACGCGAGGCCGAGGAAGAAAAGAAGAAGGCUGAGCGCAUAGAGCGCCAAAUGGCCAUGAAUGCCGAUCUUUUUGACGACGAUGACGCCAACGUGUCUGACAUCACCGACGACGAGGGCGGCAGGAAGCUCAGCCAGGCGGCGAGGCCCGCAAGGAAGGCGGGCAAGAAGGCCAUCGAGGAGAUGAACCGCGAGACACAGCGCAUGGCUCGUAACAUGCAGCUCGCUCAUGAAGCUAAGACGAGGAAGAAGUUCAGCAAGUCAGACUUCCUGGAGCGCUUCAACUUCAGGACCGCCGAGACGAAGUCGGACCCCAAGACGACCAGCUCUAGCCGGCCAACUACACCGGUCUCAGCCCACCAGACUGAUGCCGAGAUGAAGGACCCCGAGACGCCCCCUAGCUCUCCACCUGUAGAUAAGGCAUCCACUCCCACUAAGCUUCAGGAGACUACCACUACUGUACCGCAGCUCACGGAAAGCACUGAGGAGGCGGACCUGCCUUCUCUGGACGUAUUUGACGCCUCAAAAGUGCUGGAUAAGGGCAAAGGAAAAGCUGUUGCUUCUCCCAGCCCCAAGAAGUCGCCUGUAAAGGCCAAAGAAGUUAAGCCGAAGCGUCAAGUCCGCAUCAAGUUACCUUCAAUUUCAGCACACCAUGCUGUAAUCGACCUGGAUGACGACCUGGAGAUCACCGACGUGAGGAAGGGCAAACUUGACGCGGUUUUCAACAGUAUUCCUGAGAAGAAGUCCAAGCAGUCUACCUCCCUGCACGCCCUGCGCCGCCUCGCCCAGGUUGGGUCACCCGACAGAGGGAGGAAGAGGCGAGACGAGAAGAUCGGUAUGACUGUUGCGCAGUUGCAGUAUACUCUCCAACAAAGGGCUCGACAGCAGGCGAAGAUGGAGCGUGAGAAGCGUCUCGAAUACCUCAAGUCCAAGGGCAUUGUCGUACAGACGGCCGAGGAACGUGAGCGCGAGAUGCAAGAAGUCGAGGACAUUGUCACCAGAGCCAGAAGAGAGGCCGAGGAGAUCAUGGAUCGCGAGAGAGAGGCAGCGAAACAGGAGAAGAAGGAGAAGAGGGAGAAUGGCGAACUGGACGCCUGGGAUGAUAGUGAUGAUGAGUAUGAAGGCUCCGAGGAGGAGGUUGAAGAGGACGCUGAGGUAGAACUUUCCGGUUCUGAAGAGGAGAAUGACGCCUCUGAUGAGGAGGAGGAGGGCAAUGACCUCGUUGAUAACGAGGCUGGCGACAGUGGCUCUGAGCGUUCAGAUGCCGAGUCGGAAGAUGAAUUAGAUCUGCCCACCAAGAAUGUUCGCCGCGCGAGAAAAGCCCAGGUCAUCUCUGACGACGAGGAUGAGGACGAUAGGAUUGAGGCCACGCCCAGACCAAAAACCGCAACUCAACGAUCGCCCGUCGCCCCUAACACCAAGUCACCCGCUGUACCUACCUCAGUCUUGAGAUCGGCGAAGAAAACCUUCAUCCCUGGCCUUCCCGUCACAGGAGCCGCAGGACUCGGCUUGACCCAAAUAUUCGCCGGGACCAUGGAUGACAGUCAGGCAGCACCCGGGACGUUUCCCUCCCAGUCACCAAUGCCCGACUUCGACAGUCUUCCCGAUUCAAACCUCAUCGGCAACAGCACCCAGCAAGACAGUCUCAUAUUCGAUAGCCAGAGUGGUGACACCCAGCGCGCUGAGACACAACCUGACUCUGCAGACGGCGUUCACCUGCACUUCACCCAGUCACAAGUGCACGGCUUUGACAGUAUGAUGCGAGACGAGCCUUCUACACAGAUCUCUGUUGAGGCCACCCAAGACGCGGGCUUGCAAGACUACACCCCUCUGAGGUCCCGUUUCGUUGAAGCCCCCGCUUCAACCGUCGAGACGAUGAUGCUUGACGGUGAUGCGGAGGUCGACACAGUGCUUGAGUCCCCUCUUGUACGCAGGGGCAGGUUGCGCCGUAAGGUCGAUGUCGUUGCUACUCCUGCUGAUGAAGAAGAGGAGGAGGAGGAAGAGGUAACACCCAGAGCUGUUAGUCCCGAGACUGACGAAUUCGGCUUCAACACGACUGCCUUCAGUGUCAUGAAGGCUGCCGUUGACAAGCAAAACAAACAGAAGAAGGCUGCAGAGUACAACCGCAAGAAGAGCAAGGCAAAGGAGAUGAUUGAGGAACAGGCCGAGGAGUCUGAGGAUGAGUACGCUGGCCUCGGAGGUGCGGACGGCGAGGACAGCGAUGACGACGAUGCCGCCUCCGUCAAGGAGAUGAUUGACGACCAAGGAGGUAUGACUGCCGAAGAUGAGCGCAAGCUGGCGGCGCUUUAUGCUGAGCGUGAGCGCGCAACCGAUGAAAAGAUGGUGGACAAGCUGUUCCACGACAUCACCACCGGUAUGCUCCGUCGCAAGCGUGGCGCCGAUUACGACCUCUCCGACUCUGAUGACGGCGGCGAGGCACGUCGGCGUAUGAAGCGCCGGCAGUUCCAGAAGAUGCAACAGGCCCUCUUCGCCGAUGAGCGCAUCAAGAAGAUUGCAGAGAAGCCCGGCAACCAGGCUUUCCUUCGUACCAUCGAGGACCGUGGCAGCGAUGACGAGAUGGACUUCCUUGACAUUGCUGCGCCGGAGCCAAUGGAUACGGAAGAGUCUCAGUCCCAAGAUCAGACCGUGCCGGACAGCCAGCCUACAACGCAGCGGGAGCCCCUCACAUCGGGACCCGCGAACCGGCCGGCCGCCAACAUGCGCAGGACCAAGGACGGCAAGAAGCCGUCUAACCUCGGCGAGAUCCGCGAGUCCGUGUCCAGCCUUCUCGAGGACCUCAACGCCGAGAUCAUCCCCGCCACGGACCCCGCCUCCGACAGCGAAGCAGACGACGAGGAACGCCCGUCAACGUCGCGGAGUAACAAGGAGAACCACUCCCCCGGCAAGAACCCGCGCCGCACCGCAUCAUCUCGGCCGGCCAUUGUCGACCGCAUCUCCCUCAAACGCCAAUCAUCGUCCAACAUGUCUACAAUGUCCUCCAACCUCGCCUUCGCCAUGCCCAACGUUGCAGGUGGCGUGGCCGCCGCCUCCGGCGGCAGCUUCAAGGUUCCCAACCUCCUCCGCCGCGCCACGACCAACUCUUCGUUCAAGUCGAGCUCAAGCAGCAGCAUCACCGGCGGCGGCGGCAGCGGUGGCGCGCCGUUCUCUGCCUCCGGCGGCGGUACGAGUGGCUUCGGAGACGACGGCAAAAUCAAGAAGAAUGCAAGCAAGCGAUCUGGCGUCAGCGCGCUUGCGAGAGAGAACGAGCGUAGGGCGGCGAUCCAGGAGAACGAGAAAAGACGCGAGGCGAGGAAGUGGAAGGGCGCCGAGAUGCGCGUCAAGGCUGUUGGCGGUUUAUUUGCGGCGGGCAAGUUUGAGUAA